CUCUCUCUCUCUCUCUUCUCUUCUUCGUUGUGAACGCACGACGAUUUGCGGAUAAUUUUUCCUCAAAUUUCGCCACCCACCCACCCACUACUUGAUGGCUGUGAAUCUUGUUGGCAGACAGUUGGGGAACAAGCCCAUGUGGGGGUCCAUAUGGACCCCAUCAGUAACGGAGCCUCUCUCAAGCCGUAUUAUAUACAGAACCACAACACCCUAGUGAAAUGCAGCCACUUCAACUAGCGUCAUACCUGGAGUGGUAAGCGGCAAUGGCAUCCACCGAAAUUAGCCUUAAGCUCCUUAUCGACACAAAGGGUCGCAAAGUACUGUUUGCAGAAGUUGGGAAGGACUUCGUGGAUUUUCUAUUUGCCCUUCUUUCUUUCCCAGUUGGGACUGUCAUUCGGCUCCUCUUAAAGAGUGGUAUGGUGGGUUCCCUAAGCAAUCUAUAUGAAAGCAUAGAAAAGCUGAAUGAGACAUAUUUGCAGCCUAACCUGAACAAGGACACCCUUCUGAAGCCCAAAGUUGCUGUCACUGCUGGUUAUGAUGCCCCUCUCUUGCUGACAGAAGAUGACUCUAUUAACAGAAAGCAAUAUUACACGUGUUCCAAUAACCAUCAUAAUGUGGCUGAUAAUCCAAAAGCCAUUUGUCCUGCGUGUAAACGCUUGAUGAAUACUGAGAUUCCUUUUGUUGCUCCAACGAGGACAAGUGAUCAGAUAUCGUCCGAUGAGGGAGGUUUUGUGAAAGGGGUGGUGACUUACAUGGUGAUGGAUGACUUGGUAGUCAAACCCAUGUCUACUAUUUCCGGUAUAACUUUGCUCAACAAGUUCAAUGUCCAGGAAUUAGGUUCUCUUGAAGAGAGGAUGGUUACUUUUGACAUGGAUGAGGGUUUGAAGCUGCUGAAGUACUCCCUGAGUUCCAAGACAGUUCUAAGCAGUGUUUUCCUUGGGAAUAAAGGGCCAUAGGAGCUAGGGGCGAUAUGGUUGCUUGGAAUAAAAUCCAAAUUAUUUCCUUAAUUUGGAAGUAGAAUGUAGUUUGCUAAACUGUCUCAAGAAAGUGUUGUGUGAGGAGAAUAUGCUAAAGAGCUGGAAUUUUGGUGCUGUUUUUGCUUAACCAUCUGGAGAUGAUUUGGAUUAACCUGUUUUUCCUGUUUUGUAUUGUGGAUUUCUGCGAAAAAGCCAAGAUGUUGCCUACUC